AUGCGCAGAAAUAAAAUGCGCCAGUUGUUAUUUCCAAUAGUGCUGCUUAUAUGCAGUACAUAUGUUGCAAAAGCAUAUGAAGACACAACAUUAGAAGAUGAUGACUUUGCAGAGUUCGAACAGUUUGAUUCAGAUGAUGAUGCAACUGUGAUUGAUUUUAAUGAGGACGAGAAGGAAUUGCCUGUACAAAAAAAUAUAGUCCUCACAAAAGAUGACUUUGACACAAGCAGAGAUGAUGAAGAUGAAUUAAUAGUGGAGGAUGAAGACAAUGAGUUCGAACAUUUUCAAGAUCCGGAGGAGUUUGAGGGCUUCCAGGAGACUACACCACAAAGUUCAGAGCAGCCAAAAAUUACCAUUUCUAAAGUUCCUAUAAAUGCGCGUCCACGGUUGCAAGCAUACUGGCUGGAGGGAAUUCUCUGCUGUGGGUUAGCUGCAUAUGCUCUCGCAUAUACGAUUGGCAGAGUGAAGAAUUCCUCCAUUGCUCUUAACUUCUUGAAGUUCCAUAAACCAUUGCUGGAUGAUAAUUUCACUUUAGUUGGGGAAGCAGAUGCCAAUGUUUCGAUUGGCAACGAUCGCGGCUGGAGACGUGAAGCCGAGCACUGCUUCACUAUGUGGUGCAGCGGCCGGGUCUGUUGCGAGGGCAUGCUGCUGACACUGAAACUUAUUAAGCGCCAAGACUUGGUGCACAUUCUUCUGGGCUUCGUUAGACCAUCUCCGGACACUUUGCACAUUCGCGUGGAACUUGGUAAGGACGACAGCGAUCCGUUCGUGCUGUGCGUCGCUCAGAAGAAAAUCGCCACGCGCCUCGCCAAAGAGAUGCAGGACCUGAGCGUGUUCUGCCCCGAGAGGCGCGCCGGCGACAAGCACUCGCUGCCCCCCUCACUGAGCGUCCUCUCCGAGUGCGCUGAGGCGACGGGGGCGCUGCUGGACGCGCGCGUCUGCGGCGCCCUCGCCCAGUACCACAAGCACGUGCAGUACAUACACGUCUCCGACCGCUACUGCGGCCCCAAGCAGAUGGAGGAGACGGCCACCACCAAGCCACCGGAAACUGAGCGGGUGAUGCUAGUCAGCCUGGCGUUGGGUCCAAACGGCGGCGGCGAGGAGUUGAGGCCCCUGCUCCAGCUGGUCUUCUACUUGCUCGACAAAAUCAAACGUUUGAGGCUGAGUAAAGAGGCGCUUGCCAAGUGCGAGAAACGCCGCCAGAAGGUGGCUGAGGCGUGGAUGCGCGGGGCUCACGCGGCCCGUCAAGAGCAGGCCGCUCAGCGGCGGGAGGAGAAGCGAAAACAAGAGAAAGAGCGCAUACUGGCGGAGGAUGACCCCGAGAAGCAGCGACGUUGGGAGCUAAAGGAGCAAAAACGUCAGCAAAAACGCAAGACGCCAAAAAUGAAGCAGUUGAAAGUGAAAGCGCUC